AGAAGGUUUGUGAUGAGAUAUGCAAGUAUAAAUCUUAUCCCAGCAGUGCAAACUUCUGUGAAGUUUCAGAGGCACCCUUGCUUAGCAGAAAAAGGAUGCUUCAAUGGGUGCUAUGGGUGGACACAGAGACUCAAAAUGAAGAUGGGAAACCUACGCACACAGUUGAAAGGUCUCGGAUGCCCUGAGUAUUUGGUAAAUUCUCUGAAAACCAAAGCCUCAGACCAUGCUUUUCCAGCAAAAAAUGUUAAACGACCUAAACGUGAUGAGGCCAAUCAUAUCCCAUCCCUUCCUGCUGGAGAGACAUCAGCAAACCUUGAAGUUGAGUGCCUGGCACUUUUAAAGGAAGUGAAGAAAAGAAACAAUGCAUUGACAAUCAGAGAAAAAAUGACAAAGACGUUUGCCUUACGCAGACAAGAGAUUGUGGAAAACCAACCUAGUGUUCAAGAACUGCAAGAAAGAUGGCCAACUCUGUUUCAACAAGAGGAGAUUAAUGCCGAAUUUUUGUGUAUCACGACCUUACCUUUACAAUCGAGAUUUAUGGCCUCUUUGGACAGGCAGAGCUCUCAGCUUCUCCAGGUUAUUAAGAGCAAAGGUGGAGUUCUCCGUGAAAAAACUAAGGACACUAUUAAAGUUAUGGAUCAGAGUCUGGACAUAGACAUCAGAAGAGAGUGCCUGCUGAAGUGCCUGAUCAUGUACCUUGGUGAAGAUGCAAGCUGUCUGAUCAAAGAAUACCAGGCUGACCAGAGGGAGGAAGCGAAGAGAGAAUUUGAAAAGACCACCAUGGCAUUUUUUGUGACCCGUGAAAGUGAUGCUCUUAGUCGUGCACUGGACAUUUCCAUUGUCAUUGACGGUGUGGAAGUACUAAAUGAGUUGCCCUCUGUUGCAUGUGCCUGUGCCAUGAUGUUUGGGCUCAUUUAUGCAGUGAACUUAAAAAAUCCUGAAGGACUCAAAUAUACCUUUGAGGCCUUUCAAAAAAUAAUCAUGGACAUAGAGAGUAAGCAGAUGAGCCGAAGGGCGCAGAACCUCUCUUCAAAGCUGCAGGAGUGGCGCUAAAAUAUAUUGUUUUCUGGUCAGCAAAUGGGAAAGUGAUUGAGUAUCAAAUAAUGACACGAUGUGAGCACUCAUUUUCUUAAUCUUCCAAUUCUAUAGUACAUUUCUUUGUGGUGACGGCCUGCU